AUGGAUGAACUACAAGCUGUUCGAGAACGGGGUAUCUGUCUUCGUAUUCCGCUGAAUCAAUUCGAGACAAAAACACAACAUGUUACCAUCGUUGAUGGACCAGGUCAUCGAAAUUUUAUUAAGAACAUGAUUACAGAUGCUUCUCAGAUUGAUUGCGUACUUUUGGUUGUAUCUGCUGGUUUAAAUGGAUUCAAAGUCGAUGUUUCCAAGGAUGGUCAAACUCGUGAACAUGCACUAUUUAUGUAUACCUUAGGUGUGAAACAAAUGAUCGUUAUUGUGAAUAAAAUGGAUACAACCGAUCCACCAUUUUCUCAAGUACGAUUCAAUGAAAUAAAAAGCGAAUUAUUGACAUAUAUAGAAGAGAUUGGUUAUCAACCAGAAAGUAUUGCCUUUAUCCCAGUAUCUGCAUUGUACAGUGAUAACAUGAUCGAUCCAUCAGUAAAUAUGUCUUGGUACAAAGGAUGGACAGUUGAACGUAAAGAAGGUAGUGUUACAGGAAAGACUCUGGUAGAAGCUAUCGAUGCAAUUAUUCCACCACAGCAUCCAAGCGAAAAACCACUUCGGCUUCCUAUCCAGGAUGUAUAUACAAUUAGUGACACUGUUACAGUGGCUGUGGGUCGUAUUGAAGCUGGUAUACUCAAAACUAAUAUGAAGAUCACUUUUACUCCAUCAAACCUCUCAACAGAAGUCAAAUCGAUCGAAAUGUAUCAUGAGCGUAUGGACGAAGCUUUACCUGGUGAUAACAUUGGUUUCGGUGUUCAAGAUGUCAGUGCUCGGAAGCUUCAUCGUGGAUUUGUUUGUUCAGAUUCAAAUAAUGAUCCAGCACAAGAAGCUUCUAGCCUCAUUGCUCAAAUUAUUGUACUUAAUCAUCCUGGCAAAAUCAGUCAAGGUUAUACACCUACUCUUGAUUGUCAUACGGCUCAUAUAGCAUGUAAAUUUGCUGAAUUAAUCUCAAAAAUUGGUCUUCAAACAGGUAAUGCUAUUGAAGACGCUCCAAAAUUUGUCAAAUCAGGUGACUGUGCUAUUGUUAAACUGAUCCCAACAAAACCAAUGUGUGUUGAAAAAUUUGCUGAUUAUCCAUCAUUGGGCCGCUUUAUCGUGCGUGAUAUGCGACAAACUGUAGCCGUUGGUAUUAUCAAAGAUGUAGAGAAGAGAACACCAAAUAGGACACUAGAUAACUACAUAAGCUGUUCCAGUCACUAA